AUGAGAAAGAUCAGAAAAAUCUGCGAGGCAAACUUAACUAGUCGAUCAUUGCCUGAAACAGGACGAUCACAAAGCAACGAACCUUGAACACGAAACAAAACGGAUCAAAAUCCACCAAUCGCGAAUCACAAACCGUGACCUAAACAUGUGUUUCCUAAGAGGUCCGCUAAGAUGAUUGACGGAAGAGAAAACCCAAAAAUCCUUCAAAGUUUGCAAAACGCACAGUGCAAUACAACGAAUUUCGAUAUAAACCCAAGAAAUUCCCAGUCUAAAUUUCAAGAAUGAUUGCAUCAACAUUGGGACUUGAAUCCAGGGCACACUGAUGGGAGGUGAGAUGCUCUCACCACUGCAUCACCCUUACUCUAAUUAUCAGAAUGUCCACUUAAGUCUGGUUCAAUUAUCAUACCAAACUCAUCUUUAACCUAUUAUAAGUAUUAAAAUUAAGUUUGAAAUUGGCAUGAUGUCUGAGUCGUCAUGCCAAGUACCUUGUGCUGAACGCAAUGCAACGAGCCAUCAUAUAUAUUAAUUAAUAAUAUAUGAUAAAUUGUCGCCUUGAAGUUAUCACAAAUUAUACUAACCUUGAUGUUUGAAUCAACUGUAUAUUAACCAAAUUUGUCUCAAGCUUAUUUUAAUAUUCUUUUGAGUUUGGUACAAUGAUAGUACAUUAUUUUGUACCAGGCCUCACAGGAAUGAAAAAUACAGUUUAUGGAAAGUUCAAUAAUAAAUUAUUAUUCAAAUUUGUCAAGGUGGAGGCCCUGCCAGGGUAAAUUUCGACAAGUGACAUGGCCCAAAACGUAGCAACAGCACGUAAAACGAAAUCGCGACAAGAGACAAUCUCCCUCUGCCAAAUUGCGACAGUGACGGCUAAGCCGACAGUAAGCGACAAGCAUUUAUAAACCCCGACACGAGACGUUUUAAAAUUCAGACGCCGCUGUACCCUGGUGGGGGACCGUCCCGGAGUUCCACCGGAAUGACUAACGAAUGCUCUAACAGGAACUUGUCUGGUCGAAACUGGUAUAACAAUUAUGGUGAUAUGGAAAGUGUCUACUUGUUGUAGAAAUGAGCAACUUGGGGGUACUCUUACCAGAUGGAUAUCGCAUCCACAGGAGAUUUGGUCGCAUGCACUUGUUAGGUGUAUUUCUUGGGGGAGGAGUGGCAGGAAAUCUUUCUCAACUUUGUUUUUACAUUUUUCAUCAAAUGAGAUGGGACAAUUUUCUACCAUCUCCAAAGUCAUGGGGAAUUCUUGGAGAUUAUUUCGGAAGUAAAGCUGAAACCAUUCAGACUAUGGCAAUGGAUAAAAUCUACACUUCAGUGUAUGGGAAUGCUCCGUGCAUCGGUGCUAGUGCUGCAGUGUGCUCAAUAAUUGCUGUUGAAACUUGUGUCAGUGUUGUUUCAUUAUAUGACAAGUACAUGGAACUGAGGAGAAGACGAAGGAUGGGAAGAGCCAAUCAAGAGUGGGACACUCGUGUAAUGCAGCAAGUAAUAUAUGAAGUGUGCCAUUUAGGACUGGUAGUUGGAAUCGUAAUCAAUGAUUUGUUGCCCUUACUUGCUAGUGCAGAGUCUGGCAAAGGAAUUAUUGAUUCUCUUAUGGCUUAUCAGACACAUGGAAUUGGUCAUGCUGCACACCUUGGUGGUUUCGUAUUUGGUGUUGUUUAUUAUAUAGUUAUGUUGUCAGGCUACAGAGGGCUGUUUUUCAGGUGA